AUGGUGCUCCGGGUUCUUGGCCACGCUGAUCGCGCUCUGGUUGUCCAUGUGCAGCACAGUGGGACCGGCCAAGGUGUACCCGAGCUCAGAGAGCAGGUUCCGCAUCCAGACAGCCUCCCUGCCCGCGUCUACAGCCGCAAUGUACUCCGCUUCAGUCACGUUGCCGGCCGCGUCAAGGCCGGCAUGAGCCUCAUCAAGGAGCGCAUGCCCUCCGGCUUCACUAUGGACGACCUGGACAACGAGUUGGUCGUCAUGGGCAUCAUCCGCGCGCUGUCUGGCGACGAGACGUGCUGCACCCUUGUCACUGCGCUCAUGAACUCGUCAGACCUCUCCAAGGUGGCGGACCUCGAGGACAAGCUCGUCACUGAGGACAACCAGCGCGCGCACAACCCCAAGCUCUACGGCCUUGAGGAGGGACCCGAGGGCGUUCUCCUCGCGGCAGGAACACUCGCGCAGCGCGCCAACGCGGCUCAAGCAGCGCAACCGGCGUCUUCUGGCAAGAACAAGCGCUCCAAGGGCGGUAAUACCGCCUCUGGGGGCGCAUCCGGCUCUGGCAACGGCUCUUCUGGCUCCAGCUUACUCGCAUCUUGCAUGUACCUCAGUUAUGUGCCAACCUGCUGUCUGUGCUAUAUCUAUCGCUGA